AUGGCGCCGGAUAUUUCUGUUCUUGCCAAAGUCAACGACCUGCUCCGCGACCAGGACGAUCUUGACAGACUGCCGCUUCUGCGGGACGACCUGAAGAAAGAAAAGGCGUCGAUAGGGUCCCAAUUGAAAAUCGAGUGUGAUAAACGGAUCGCCAACAUCACCUCGGUCCUAGAGAACUUGCAAUUGUCCAGCAAGGACCUUAAGCAUCUCAGAGACAACUUAAACAAGGUCGAAAGUCUGAGACAGCAGUCGAUCUCCAAUAUUGACAAGUAUGAGCUGUUCGACAAGUCGUCGGUCGUUUAUUCCAACUUUGAAAAGGUUGUGGCCACAUACACAAGUUUUGUCCAACUCGAGGAACGCCUCGACGUCGUCGACAAGCUGCUGGACAGAGAGCUUCCUGAAAACGACUACUUCCCAGAAGACUCUCCCGCAGAAGGUUUGUUGUUGAUCCACUACGAGCUGAACGGACUGCGAGAUCUUAAGGACGAGCUCACGCAAUUGUCCGAGUCAAGUCGAGCCGGGCUCCGAAACGUGGUGAUGCAGUCGUUUUCGCGCCUGGACCAUGUGAUUGCCAAGUUCGACCACAUGUUGCGACUCAUUGUGGACAAUUUUGUGAGCAUCAUAGGGUGCUCCAAUUUUGGACUUAUUGUCAAGCUGGUCAAGAUCUUGGAGUUUGAAGAGCGCGAGGAUUUGAGAUUGCAGCUGAUGGACCAUUUGAUCAGUCAGUCCAAGAGCAGCGAACAGUCUGCCUUGAACAGACUGGCGACCUACGUGAAACGGACGUCUCCACGUAACUACAAACGGCUGGUUUAUGGGUUUUUCCGCGAAUCCAUCGAGACCAGUUUCGAUGCAAUUGUGCAAGGCUCGGACCCUAACGAAGUUCUUGCUAUCAUCGAGGAGAACUACUACGAGAUUCUCGUUGCUUACAAAGUCGGUGCUGAGCGCGGGUUCCCGGCUAACUGGCUAUUUUUCAACAAAGUCCUGGGCUGGUACCAAAACAGUUUGCGUAAAGUGGUCAAGAAACUGCUUGACGACCCGACUUUGCCAACAUCUUACAUUGUGCGUGUUUUGACGUUCGAUUACGACAACGCCCAGGCCAUUAGAGAGAAGUUCGGUCUCACCAAGAAACAGGUAGAGCCGUUUGCACUGUUUACUGUUGACGAGCGUCAACGGUUGCUGAACGAGUGUCUGGAGUUUAACGUCAAGAAGACGCGUGAAUGGGUCGAGAACGCGUUUGUUCCCGCGCUCAAUCUGUUUGCCUCGAUGGACAGGGAGCCCUCCGACUCUUCAGCCGAGAAGCUGGGAAUCGAGAUGGCCCAAACUCUCAUCGAAAUCUUCCGGUCCAACGUCAACACUUUGCUGGAUGCCGGAGACAGCCCAAUUUUGCUGGAGUAUCUGCAAUUUUUCUGUGUGCAAGUGCUCCGCCAGUUUUACGAUAGAUGGGUUGUGGUUCUCGAGCAAGGUGCACAAAGAUGGACGGCUGCUGCGGACGCUGCGGAUAACGAGAACGUUGGCUGGCUGCCCCGGUACGUUACGAUUUUGGCCAACGACUGUGUGCGGCUGAUGAACGGGUUGGAGUUGCAGUUCAAGGAGGUGGAACAGAUGGUGCACUCAAACUUCCAUCCGCAACUGCAGGAUAUUCUCUCUCAAGGAUCGCAACACGUGUUGAAUCUGGGAACGGAGUGUCUGGUGAAGCUUAACGGGUUCAUUGUGGUGGAGUACGAGCCGUAUCUGCAAGAGGUGUUCACCAAGAGAUGGUACAAGAGCGACGAGAUGGUCACAACGUCUCUGCAAAUCGUCGACUCUUAUCUGGUGCCACUGAAAGAGUACCUGGACGCAGAGCUGUUUGAAUCGCUGUUUGAACUGGUCUAUGACACGUACUUGCUGCACUACUUGCAGGCACUCAACACAGGAAACAAGAUCGACACCAAGAAGUUCGAAUCGGUCAUCGAAAGAGACGGUCAUCUGAUCAACACGCAGUUCUCUAGCUACAUCGACAACACACAAAUCAUCGAGGACCACGUUUACAUAUUCGACAUCCUCAUUUAUCUGGUGAACUUCGAAACAGAGCAGGACUACACAGACGCCUGGCCGGGCUAUCUGGAAGUGUUCAACGACCUGCCUCCGGACUUCUUAAAGGCUGUGCUCGAGUGCAAGCGCAUGAAGGACAGCAAGAUACGGUUCAUCGUGGAUGAGUGCACGCAUAUCUCGCGCGAGUUCACGCGCGACAACAUCACCCCGACGUUCAUGUCCAAGUUUAAAGUGUAA